AUGAUCGCGACGACGACUGAGAUUGGCACGCGCUGCCUGGCAACUUCUUCUCUCUCCCUGGACGCAAAGUCGCUCGCCACAGCAAUCAAGGAAUGCACCUCCAAGAAAUCCGUGCUGGAAGUUCACACCAGGAUUGUCGAGCACGGGCUUGGCGACGAUCUCUUUCUGAGCAGCGCCAUCGUCCACAGGUACCUCAGCUGUGGCAGUGUCUGGGACGCAUGGAAUCUCUUCUCGCGGCUCCACGAGAGAGACGUGAUCACUUGGACAAGGCUGAUAGCAGCAUUUGCACAGAAAGGGCAUUUGCAACCAGCACUCCUAGUGUUUCGAGAGAUGCUGCUCCAGGGAGUUUUCGCGGACAGCAUCACCUUCGUCACCCUGCUCAACUGCUGCGCGAAGUUUAGAGCUCUUGAUCAAGGGAGAGAGAUGCACACUUACGUGCUAGAGAAAGGAUUCGACGCCAUCCCACGGGUGGGGAACUCGCUUGUGGAUCUCUACGCAAAGUGUGGGUGCCUCGACGACGCUUGCGUGGCCUUCGCGAGCCUCUGGCAGCCCGACGUGAUCUCCUGGAACACUCUCAUCGCCGCCUAUGCGUCUUGCUCGGGCUUCACGGAAGCUCUCGGGGUCUACCGGCGGAUGGAGCUCGAGGGGAUGAAACCCGACGCCUUCACUCUCGUCACCAUCCUCAACGCGUGCAGCGAUCCGGCCACCAUCGCCAGCAGCAUCGUCAAGGAGAUGCACGAGAGGAUCGUCAGCCUGGGAGUGUCCUGCGAGACUGUUGUUUGCAACGCAUUGGUGAGCAUGUAUGGAAACGGAGGCCAACUUACCACCGCCAGGAGCGUGUUCGAGGAUUCGUGCGCCUCAAAAGACGUGAUCUCCUGGAACGCCAUCAUCUCCGGGUACACGCUCGCGGGGCUCAACUCGGAAGCUCUUCGGCUCUACCGGAGAAUGCAGCUCGAUGGCCAGCUUCCAAACGACGUUGCCUUUCUCUCAAUCAUGAACGCUUGCACGGGACCAGUCGACUUGUACACCGCGAGGCUGAUCCACUCCAACGUUGAGGAGAGCUUCGCGACGAGCGGCAGCCGGGAGAACGAAGCUCAAGUCCGGAACGCCCUGGUCAGCAUGUAUGGGAGGUGCGCGAGCUUGGGCGAUGCCAGGACGACUUUCGAGACGAUGCCGCGCAAGGAUGUUGUAUCCUGGAACAGCUUGAUCGCAGCGUACUCUGUCAAUGGCUACUGCGACCUUGCCUUUGAGUUGUACCACCGGAUGCAGCUGGAAGGCUUGCGUCCCACGAACGUCACCUUUACCACGGUUCUCAACGCUUGCAGCGAGAGUUUCUUGGAGCGAGGACGGAUGAUUCAUGCCAACCUCGUUGGAACCGGUUACGAAUCCACUGAUGUCGUCGUCAGCGCUCUCGUUGAUAUGUACUGCAAGUGUGGAGGGCUGGAAGAAGCUCACAGGAUCUUUGCCAAGCACUCGCGGAGGGGCGUCGUUCUCUGGACUGCUAUCAUCGGAGGAUACUCCGACGCUGGAAACUCGAGAGCAGCAUUGCAUCUCUUCAAGCAGAUGCUGCUGGAUGGUACCAAACCGAACAAAGUCACGCUCGUCACGGUUCUCAACGCCUGCGCAAAUUCGCAAGCUCUGCCAGCCGAGGAAGUAGCACUGGUUCGCUCCUUGGUGGCUCAAAGUGGACACGAGCCGGACUUUGCCGUGAAGAACGCGUUGCUCAACCUGUUUGGGAAGUCCGGGAGCUUGCAAGACGUCGAGAAGACAUUCGAGGAGCUGGAUGAUUGCUGGGACGUGAUAGCCGGGACGGUAAUGGUGUCAGCAUACUCCCAGCUCGGCCUGUGGAGAAAAUCUCUCGAGCUUUACCACCGGAUCCUCCUCGAAGGCAUGAAGCCAAGCCCCACCACCUUCGUCGCGGCUCUCACUUCCUGCUCGAGCCUUGCAACUCUGCCUGUUGGAAAGGCAAUUCACGCCACCAUCGCCGAAGCUGGCUGCUCCUCGACCCCCCUCGUCCAGAGCUCUCUCAUCAACUUCUAUGGCAAGUGUGGGAGCCUCAAGCUUGCACGGCGGAUCUUCGAAGCCAUGGACGACAAGACCAUGGUGAACUCCUGGACGGCCGUAAUAACUGGAUACGCUCAGCACGGGGAGAUGGAGCAUGCCCGGAAGAUCUUCGAGAGGAUGCAACAGGAAGGCGUCAAGCCGGAUGAAGUGACUUUCAUAAAUGUGCUCUCGGCGUGCAGCCAUGCGGGCAUUGUAGAGGACGCUUGCUACUUCUUCAUAGCCAUGACUCAGGAGCUUGGUCUGGCCGCUGGUAUUGAGCACUAUGGCUGCCUUAUUGAUCUCUUGGGACGAUCGGGUUGGCUGAACGAAGCGGAGGCCCUCGUCAAGAAGAUGACCGUGCAGCCAGACUCGGUGCUAUGGAGUUCUCUGCUUGGUUCUUCCAGAGUUCAUGGCAAUGUCAAAGUUGCAAAACAUGCAGCACAGAGGUUGAUCGAGCUAGAACCAGAAAAUGCUGCAAGUUACGUGCAACUCUCGAAUACGUACACUGUAUGGAAGCCUUGCGACGCGGCCACAAGAUCAGCGUAA